AGAAAUAGUAUCCGUUGCAUCAGAACUUUGAAUGGACUAAAAUAUUGUGAUGUCGGAUUUUCACUAUCUUUUCUAGUUUACGAGAUCUAAACGGGAUGGACGGACGGACAGACAGGCCACACAAAACUAAUAGCGUCUUUUCUUCUUCCGGGGGCCGCUAAAAAUCUAAUCUGGCAUGUGGUUAAAUAAAGUCUAAACCAGUGAAGACUAAAAUGACGAGGAAGUCUUAAAGAAUGUUGGCUCCCAGCUCGUGUUCAGGUGCAGCCCAUUUGAAAAUAUGUCUUGAAAACUGAAGGAUUCUGUUUCGCUUGGACGCAUGGCCAGAGUGCAAAUUAAAUUUUGCAGUAAUGAAACUUACAAAGACUUAAGUAGUUCAACACGUAUAUUGCAACGAUAUUUAUUUGUACAUAUAUACACCACAAGUAGAACAGCAAAUAAAUAAGUAAAUAAAUAUAAUGACAUCUACCCAGACUACACGCAAUGUGCGUACCUCAACCAGCAUUAACACUACUGCGCCAUUAACAACAGUUACACACUCUUCAACUAACAACUCCACAUCGCAGGUGAACUCCUCUGACGAUGGUGCUAUUGCCGGUGGAUGCAUUGCUGCUCUAGUAGUAGUUGCACUGAUAAUCAUCGGGAGCAUUCUCUUCUACAGAAGACGUAAGCUUCAAUCUGAAACCAACAAGCACCACAGUCUUAACUCUGAACCACAUUUAGAUAACGAUCAAUAUUUGAAUGUUGAUUUACCAGACAUAACACAACCAUCUCUGCCUCCUCGAGAUAUACAAGCUGCCUACCUCAACACUUUAGUCUUAGACACAUCUUUACCUAAUACAGAGUUCAACUUGUCACACAUCAAUCAAAGUUCGACCUUAACCAAUAAUAUAGACAAAGAAAACAAAGCUAUAGAACAACUAAUUACAGUAGAAGCCAACACUCAAAGUGAGAAGCCAGAAUUUUAUCUCGAUGAUAAUACAACGAAUGAUGCAUACACAUCUCUCAGAUCUCAGACAGGCGAAUGUGUCAACCCAUACAAUACGUUGCAAGAAUUUGAGGACACUCCUCAAGAGACAGCCAAAAAACCUUCCAAUAAUAUUCCAAUAAAAGGAAGUGACAUAUCAGUGAUAAGUCUUCCUGAACUAGAGAAAACAAUCCAUUCUUUCUUAGAGAAAAAACAUUUAAAAAGUGAAGAAAUGAAGAGUGCCUACUUGAAUUGUGCUUCUAAUGGAGUUAAACAGGACACUAAUGGAGUUAAACAGGACACUAAUGGAGCUAAACAUGAUAUCUAUCAAAACUCCCCACAAAAAAGAAAGACACAUCUCAAGGCUCGUAAAGAUAAGAAAAAUAAAAAGAAUUUCAACAAAGGCAAGAAUGACAGGCAUGACCAAGUCUACAGUAACCAUUAAAAUGAUCAUGUUAUUUUUUUUACCCUUUUGAAAAACAGUAUAUAUUACAAUACUUCAUAAGUAUGUUUUUAAAUGAUAAGUAUGUUUUUAAAUGAUAAGUAUGCUGAUUGUGUUGUGUUUUAAAGGUCGUUGGUGAUAAAAACAAGAGAGAGAGAGAGAGAGACAUUACUCUCACAAAAUCAUAACUUAACAAACUCCUGACAUAGACGUUCAUUAAUGUUGAACAAUAAAUAAAAACAAACGAAAGAUUUUUGUUCAAAGUAUUAGAUCGAAAGAAAGUAGUUCAACAAUCGUAUUCCUUCUACUGUGUAGAUUUAUACAUUUUUUUUUUAUUUUAUAUAUCCUAAAGUGACAGUGUGCACUCUGCCCAACAUUUCAAAGAAAACUUUUGACGUUCCCUUGAUAGAGUUUUAAAUCUUUGAACAUUGUUCGAUUUUUAAAAAAUAUUUUUACAAACAUAUAUUAUUGAAUAACACCUUUGAAAAAUAGUAGUUGUUAUUCCUAACAUAAUUGCUGAUUACAAGCAAUAAUAAUAAGAAUAUAUAUACCCAACCUUUUUUAAAAUUUCGAUAGUAUAUCAGCUAUAAUUGGAAAUUGCUGAUCAAUACUGAGGCGCAGGAAAAUGUAUCCCUAAAUUAUUUUAUAGGUAUGUUUUUUACUACUUAAAAAAAGGAAAAGUUUUUUUUUAAAGAUUUGCCAUUAAUUGCAUGAAGGGCAUUAUGUAAAUAUAGGGUUACCAGAUACCAGCAUUCUUAAAAGAGAAACGAAAGUCUUACAAAGGUGGACAAGAAGACCUCAACAAAAAGCAGACCACAGUCAACUUAAAAAAAUAAGGAUUACAAUUUCUGAAAUGUGUCAGUCAAUUAUAGGCAGUUGUCUCAUGACCGGGUGCUACCACAUCAGGUUUCACGCCUCAACACAUCUCUCUGACAACACUUUAAAGUGCCUCGGUAUCUACUAUUCUCUCACCUAUCGAUUGCACUGUCCAGUGGCAAAGUCUGUUCUCGUCAUUCUGCUGGGCAGAAUUGAAUCAACUCUUUUCUUCAAUGCUCGCUCUUGUCCAGGUGGAAGUGAUUAGUUUCCAAUACGAGGAACCUUCACACUGUUGUGGAUGGUGCGUGAUGACUGUGGUGUGCAGAGUUACAACAGAGAUGAACAAUUUGAUUGAUGAAUAAAAUGCCAUUGCAAGAAAGCCGGAGAUUUUUUUUUACACUUUAGGCCUAUGCUUGGACUACGAAUGACAUGACCUCAAAAAGGAGGGAAUGUCUUCCCUUUGCUGGGCGUCUGGGAACCCUUGGUAAAUAUUUUCGAAUUCUAGAUAUACAUGCUAUAUCAAUAUAAAUAUUUUUCACCAGUUUCUGAUGGUUGUCCAGUCACAUUAAUUUAAUCUUAUUUGCUUCAUUUAUCAAGAACAAAACUAACCCUAACAACACAGUCAUUUCACCAAUUAACUGAGAAGCGCGGCUAAUUGUCUAGCACAUUUAAAACUAGUCUUGCUUAAAACAUAAGAGAGAACACAAGGCUUUAGACGUGGCAUCCAUGUUGUUAUUUGCUUUAAUAAUGGUGGUAAAUAAAAAAAAAUAAUCUAUUGUCAUAUUAGAAAUGUCUCCUUUUGAUUUUAAACAUUUGAAUACGGAAUAUUAGAUUCAUAAAUUGUUUAGUGCAACAAAAAUAUAAGGACAUUUAUCUUUUUCCAUAAUAUAUUCAUGUAUUAAAAUGCAUAUUUAAAUAAAAUACGCAUGAGUCUAUAUACAACAAUUAAUUGAGAGAGAGUACAGCUUAUUAGAGCGAUUACUUUGUUCUUCCAUUUACGAUGAUCAAUUUCCACGAAAUAAAUGUGUACUAUACAUUUCUUAAAA